AUGGCGUCAAUUGCGGGAGUUGAGUUUGAACAUUACCUGCCGGCGAAUACAACUGGAGUUCAGGAAACGGCGCCUCGGCUUUCAUGGAAAAUUGUUGAUGCCCCCAAAAACUUCGUGCAAACCGGCUACGAAGUGGAACUCCGCGAGUACGGACUAGGAUCGGAUGUUUCACUCUCCACCGCGACCGUCGACUCUUCGUCGUCUCAUCUUGUUCCCUGGCCGUUUCCUAAUAAUAAGCUACACUCCCGCCAAAGAAUAUCGGUGCGCAUCCGCAUUAAAGACGAGCAUCAUGUGUUCGGAAACUGGAGCGAAGCUAGCCAUCUCGAAAUCGGCCUUCUUUCUCGGGAUGACUGGGUCUGCCAACGCAUCACCGCCCCUUGGGCCGCCGAACUCCCCGGCCCCAACCCCGAAGACCUUUUCCGAAAGGGAUUUCACGUUUCGGGAUCCGUAGAGAAAGCCCGGUUGUAUGUGACUGCCCAGGGCGUAUACGAGGCGGAGAUUAACGGCCGUAUCGUCGGUGACCAGUUCCUCGCGCCGGGCUGGACCACCUAUAGCGGCCGAAUCCAAUAUCAAACCUACGAUGUCACGGCCAACAUUACCCUCGGAGUCAACUGCUUGGGGAUUCGCCUCGCGGAGGGCUGGUUUUGCGGUCGCCUCGGUUGGGAAGGGGGCCACCGAAACAUCUGGGGCCCGCAUCCCGCCAUCAUGGCGCAGCUCGAAGUCACAUACGUGGACGGGACGGUCCAGGUCGCAGGAACUGACGAGUCCUGGCGAACCGCACAAGGGCCCGUGCGAUUGGCUGAGAUCUACGACGGGGAAAAGUACAACGCGACUUUGGAGAUCCCUGCAUGGUCGACGCCCACGUUGGAGGAAAAGUCCAUCGACGAGACCAAGUGGGCACCUGUGACCGUUAUGCCGCCAAUUCCCGAUUCCAUCACACUGGUAGCCGGCUACGGCGAGCCCGUCCGACGCGUACAAGUCUUGAAGCCCGCUGGCCCUGUUAUCGUCACUCCCUCGGGCAAAAGGAUCAUCGACUUUGGACAAAACCUCGUUGGCAAUGUGCGCUUGAAAAAUGUCAGGGCACCGAAAGGCCACAAGAUCACGUUGUCCCACGCAGAAGUGCUGGAGAAUGGAGAGCUUGGCACUCGUCCCCUACGCGACUGUAAAGCCGUCGACGAGUACACUGCUCGCGGCGACCCGGCCGGAGAAACUUACGAACCGCGCUUUACCUUUCACGGGUUUCGGUACGUCCAAGUCGACGGGUGGCCCGGUGAUCUGGAUACAAAUUCGAUCGAAGCCGUCGUCUGCCAUACCGACAUGCGCCCUGCCGGGUCCUUUGCCUGCUCCGAUGAUCUGCUGAACAAGCUCUACGAAAACGUUGUCUGGGGCAUGCGCGGUAAUUUCUUUUACGUUCCGACAGAUUGCCCGCAGAGAGACGAGCGCCUCGGUUGGACUGGCGACAUUGCGCUCUUCGUGUCUACCGCCGUCCUCAUCUAUCACUGUCACGGGAUGCUGCGCAACUGGCUCAUUGAUCUCGAAAUCGAACAAACGAUCCUGAAUGGAGUGCCGCCCAUGGUCAGCCCCAACAGUACAUUGGCGGACCAGAAAUGGUGCCGCAAGGUGCCCUGCGCCAUUUGGCACGACGUCACCGUCAUCGCACCAUGGACGCUGUACCAAGAGACGGGAGACGUUGCUAUUCUAGCGCAACAGUACCGCAGUAUGAUGACCUGGAUGAAUGUCAUCCCUAAGAACAAGACUGGUGCUACGCACUUGUGGGAUCCCAGGCCAUUCCAGCUCGCAGAUUGGCUUGAUCCAGCCGCACCUCCGGACCAGCCAUGGAAGUCCCACACGGACAACAAGAUGAUGGCCAACAUGUUUCUCAUCCAGAGCCUCGACCUCAUGGCCAAGAUCUCGGCCCUCCUCGGAAAAGAAUCUGAAAGCCGUCAUUUCACCCAGGAAUCCGAGGCGGCGAGGGACGAGUUCCACGACGAGUACGUGACGAAAAACGGUCGGAUCGUAUCCGACACGCAAGCUACGUAUGCCGUAGCCAUCUGCUUCAACAUUCUGAAGCCCGAACAGAGAGCCCGAGCGGGCGAGCGUCUCGUGGAGCUCGUGCGCAAGAACAACCUUCGCAUCGCGACGGGGUUCGCGGGGACUCCGUUCUUGUGCGAGGCGCUAGCGGCCACCGGCCACGUCAAUGUGGCAUAUGCCAUGCUGCUGGAGAAGGAGUGCCCCUCGUGGCUGUACCCCGUCACGAUGGGCGCUACAACGAUGUGGGAGAGAUGGGAUAGUAUGUUGCCGGACGGAUCGAUCAACCCGGGAGAGAUGACGUCUUUCAACCACUAUGCGUUUGGCGCCGUCGCCAAGUUUAUGUACGAGAGAUUGGCGGGACUGCAGAGAGUCGAGCCGGGGUGGACACGGUGCCGCGUGGCCCCGGCGAUCGGGGCCGAGUUUACCUCGGCCUCGGCAUCACAUCUCACGCCAAAUGGCACUAUAUCGUGCUCGUGGAAAACGUCAGUCGCGUCGACCGGCGUCGAGACGUUGGAACUGGACGUUUCUGUCCCGUAUGGCACAACGGCCGAGGUUGUCCUCCCAAGCGAGGACGGGGAACAUGCCGAGGUGGUAGGUGCUGGUAAUUGGUCGUUUCGCACGCCCAUUAGGAGGGAUUAUGAGUGGCCGAUACCCGCUCUUCCUCCCAAGUCCUGA